AUGUUUGAUAGAUUGUAUAACUAUCUCUUCGCGAUUGACAUGCAGUCUUUAGAUAUGAAGAACGUUCCGGCUUUGGUGUAUCUGAGUAAGAAAUGGCAUCAGCCAAGUAGAGUCGUUAAUACCGCUGGAUAUGAUAACGGCAUGGACGCGCUUGACAUCGGCCCAUUUUCACCAGGUGGUGACUCCGACAUAGGGGUGAACGCCGUACCAUUAUUUCACAUACCUGUAUAUCACGAAAUCCAAAAUCAUAUAAGCAUGUCUUCAUAUUCUCCGGUAGUAUCAGGAUCACCGCAAAUUCAGGCAGAUCCUAUAUCGACGCCCUCUACUUCAGCAGUUGCCAGCUUGUCUAGUGGUUCUAUCGCGCAACAAGAAGUCGCCGAAAAUAAUUCUAGGACUGACGAAUCAAUUGUUCACCGUGAAUUGAACGCAUCCUUAUCAAGACUGAUACCUCUUGAAGAAAUAGCAGACAAAAGAUGCUGGAUUUGUUUUGGCGAGGAAGACGACAGCACUGGGAAAUGGGUACGCCCAUGUAAAUGCUCUCUAAUAUGCCAUGAGGAAUGUUUGUUAAACUGGAUCACAGAGACUCAAAAAGGCACCGCUCUUAAGAAAGUGCGAUGCCCUCAAUGCAAGACACCGUACCAAUUAAACGAAACCAAGUCUCUAAUUUUGCAAUUGCUAUCUGUCAUCGAUGCAACCGUUCAAAGCUCUAUCCCGUACAUUACAGUACUUGGAGUGACUUUUAGUGUGGCAAUUACUCAGUUUCAUUAUGGUGCGUAUGCACUGCUUACGGUAGUUGGUCUAGAAGAAGGUGGACAAAUAUUGCGUGGGCCGUGGUCAUGGCGUAUGAUACUUAAUCUCCCUCUAAUACCUGCGUUUUUAAUAUGUUCAAGAAUACCAUCCUUGAACAAUUACAUGUUAUUGAGUCCCAUACUCUACUUAAAAUGGAAUCAGUUACGUGUCUCAUUGCCACCACAUCCAACUGUCACGCUGGCCAUAUUGCCGACCGCCAGCUAUGUAUAUAAUAGACUAUAUUUCCAGCUCUUUGGAAAGAUGGAAGUAUCAUGGCAAACUCAAGUAGAACCCUAUGCAGUCGCUACGAUCGAUGGUGGGAAUGGGGACAAUGCUAACGAACGAGCACGUAAUGAUCGAGAUCUCAUAAAUAGGGUAGAGAGAAGAGAUUAUGGUCGACUUAUUGUGGGAGCUCUGUGUCUUCCUUGCCGCUUUAAUGUUGUUAAAUCAAGGAUACCGGAUCAUUUCCAUCGUAGUAUCCUUGGUGGAUGUUUGUUGAUAGUUUUUAAGGAUGCUGUAAACCUUACUCUCAAGUAUCAGAAAGCGAAAAACCGAAGAUCGCGUCACGUUAGGAAUUAUGAUGAAUUUGCCCUGGCGUACUAUUAUCGCGAUCGAAUAUUGCCGAAACUACCGUAUUUUAAAAACCGAUAUCAGCGCGUUCCAGCUUACUUCUCUACUUCGUCUUUUCAACAAGAUAUUGAGGAUGGACUUACUUCAGAAACGUUCGACUUGCAACAGAAUGUUGUGGAUGGUGACUCUCGCGCAGGGUUGGAGAAUUCUGAGGAAAUAAAACGCAUUAUGGAGGAGGAAGGUGUAAACUUUGACCAGGCAAGAUUAAUCAGACAACAAAGGAAGUUUAAGUCGAGCAAUAUUGAUCCAUUAACGGGAAUUCCAAAGGAUCCGAAAUUUGUGUCUUUCUAA